GUGUAAUGUUUCUGUCACGGCUGCAGGAGACAUGUUUCUGUAGUCUCGCGCUAGGCUGAUUUGCCGGCAGCGUUUAGAGCUGAGAAUGAGAAGGAGCCUCUCUGGUUAUAACUAUCAUAGUGUAAGGCAGAGGAAGGCAAUCUGCUGCUGCCCGGCUGCAAACACGUACUGGAAAGGGACUAAUGAUUGAUGUGGAAACUCCCUACACUAGUAUGGCGGCUUGCUAAGGCGCCGUUUCCACGACAACAGGCGCAACGUCUGAUGGGAAGGGGCGGGACUGGACCAAUGAGGACGCUGAUGAGGCGGUAUGGCCAUCCAAUAGGAUUUGUAGUGUGGGAGCGGGAAGCAGUGACAGGAGGAGGAGGAUGGCGGAGACCGCUGAACGGCUCUUGGACUCUCUUUCCAACAUCUCCUGGCUGGACGUGCGGCAGAAAGCAGAUGGGGAUGCAGAGGUCCCGGCUAAAGUCCUGGUGGACUAUUCUGUGGAGAGAAGCAAGAAGCAGAAGAUGCUGUGCGGCCAGCUACAAGUCCUGCGUUUCAUGCUCGAGUUUCUCAGAGACGCCGACUCCGUCAGCUGGGAGGACACCAUCCCGGAGUUACUGAGCCGGGAGGUGGAGGAGGUUAAAGAGAAGUGGAAGGCUCUUAAAUGUGAGUAUCAGGAGAAGGUGACGGAUGUGGUGGAUGUCCUCCCCCAGCUCUUGGACAGAAUCCAGCUACUUCAGGAGAAGAGGAGACAACUGGAGCAGAGUCUGCAAAGGUACCAGAGCCAGAAAGAAGUUGCAGAAAUGAAGGCCAAGGAGAAGCUGCAGCAUUUGCAAGAGGUUGUUGAGAAGCAGCGGCUCGUGGUAGAGAAAUGCCAGGGCCAAAUACUGGAGCUGAAGGAAGAGUUACAGAGACUGGAGCAGUCUGCGGACAGCUGGAUACAAGCUGUGAGCAGAGACUCCACGCACUUGGGUCUCCUGAGGUCUCUGAGUGGAGUCUCGCUGGUGAGUAUUGGAGGGAAGGAGCUUGUUCUAGACGUGAGUGCUGAUGAGAAGACUGAGAUCCCACCACUGAGGGUGACUCUGCACGGGACAGCGGAGGGGAAAUUCCAGGUGGAGACUGACAGCUCUGUGCCCAGCCUGCCCGCCGACCUACAGCACGUCAGCAGCUCCCACAUCACGCCCGUCAUCCUGGAGCUGCAGAGCUGGUACCGGAGCAAUACCCGACUACUAAAGGAGCUGGGAGAACUGCAGCAGAGGUUUGCCCUAGACUGGAUCCCUGCAGAGCAAAUGCUUAUCGUCCUGAAGGGGGGCAAACAGUUCCGUUUACUCAUAGAGCCAGGUUACCCGCUCAGCGGAAGCAUCCGGCUAGUGUCUGUGACGGGAGCCGAGCCAUACACCGUUCCUGAGAACUUCAAGCCCCCGGUUGAGAGCCCGUCGCUGAGUGAAUGGCUGGAAUACCUGCACGAUUCUCCUCACUUCACUUCCUGAUUGGACGUCUGUCCAUGAAGACAAGAAUCCGCUCGAUCCCGGUGUGCGGUCGUCUUCUGUGUCACUGAGGCCGCACGUCGUUGCCCAGAUGUCACGGGAUCUCUGCCGCCUCGCACACACCCCACGUUUCACUGCUCGGCUAGACUAUAUGUAACUGUACUGAGCCCCACUGACUGCUCCAAUAAACCGUAUUUAUACCUUUCUA